AUGUCGCCCGCUGAGCAUCAUGUGGCCACGCCCAAUGGGGCUGGCGAAGAGGACUAUCAAAUGGCCGCCAGCACCAGUGAGGGUGAGAAGUGGAAGGAUGUGCCGGAUAAGUAUCUACUGGCGAUUGCGAACUUUCUUGCCGGCCAUGUCAAUGUGACGGAGGACGUGGAACUCUUCAAUGGCCCAAUACUUAAGGCCAGCAUCAAGUCGGUCUAUUGGCUAUUUCUCAUCCAAUACGCAGCUCUCGCACUGCUGGGCGUCCUGAUGAACAUCACCAUCAUUGUCUACAUCAUGUAUCAUCGCCUCUACAAGGAUGUCACGCAUGCGUUCAUCACCAAUUUGGCCCUCUGCCAUUUCGUCCAAUGUGCUUUGGUGUUGCCCAUUUCUCUGAUGGUGAUGCUCAUCCAGAACUGGAUAUUUGGCCAAUUCCUGUGCUUCUUUUUGCCCAUGCUGCAGGACAUUCCAUUACAUGUUGCCAUGAUAUCACAUAUACUGAUUGCCUGGGAUCGCAUGCGUUGGCUAAACGAUCCGCUCAAGGGUCGCAUACCUGGAUUUGUCUGCUGCUGUGCCACAUGGCUAACUGGCAUGGUGAUUGCGCUCCCUUAUCCCAUUUAUACGAUUUACGUCGAGCUUGGGGACUACAUGCCCCAGCUGGCUGGAAUUGGUCUCUGUGUUAUCAAUUUGAUGGAUGACAUGCAGGAAUACUCUCGUGGAUUGUUUCUAAUCAUGUACUGUGGACCAGCAGUUUUAUUGUCAUAUUUGUAUAUACGCACCUCCCAGGAGUUGCGUCCCCCCGAUGGGCCCUUUGCGGUCAUGAUGUACGAGCAUCGAGCCGAUCUUCGGAUGAGACAGAGAAACUCAUCCACAUCCUCCAUGGAGCCGCGCACACUUAGCGGAGGAGGCGUGGCCGGACUAAGCAACGGCCACACCACCAGCACCCGCUCCUACGAUCUCUACAGCGCCGAACUGGAUGUCCAUCGGGAGAAGCGUAAGCAGCGCAAUUUUGGAAGCAUGGCCGCUACUCAGGUGGUCUGCCUAUGUCCAUUGAUGAUACUCCGAUUCGCACGUCUCUCCCUCGAGGAAACCUACGAGAAUCAGAAACACUUUGACUUUACCUACUUGAUGUUUGUGUGGGUCGCAUUUCUACCCACGGUCAUAUUUCCCUGUAUUUAUGCCUCACAGAUAUUGCCCAGAGAUGAACAGGAGCGUCUGCGUGGCUAUUUUCGUCUGUCGGCCAAAAGGAAGCAGAAGUCACAGCGUCGGAGCGAUGCCUGCACUGGCAGCUCCCGUGAGGACUCCAUUGAGAAGGAUGAGCACACGAAUACGACCAAUAUUGUGGGCAGUGGACCAGGGUCGCAUCCACAGGGUGACUUACAUAAGCAGCUGUCAAAGGGCAACGCAAUAUCGGUGCGGCAUGAGAGAGGACAUGGACAUGGCUUGAGUUCCAAGGAUCGGUAUAGUGGUGCACCUUAUAGACAGGCUCAGACUGGCAGCAAGGAUAGGGAUCGGGAUAGGGAACGAGAACGUGAUAGAGACAGAGAUAGGGAUAGGGACAGGGAUCGAGAAAGGGAUCGUGAUAAGGAUCGGGAUAGGGAUAGGGAUAGGGAUCGAGAACGGGAACGGGAGAGGCAACGUGGCGGAAAUACGGUGAGUGGACGAGGUGCUGGAGAUGCUGGCGUGGUCAAUAAUCUGGGCAAGAAUAUGCGUGGUAAGAAGCAUGAUGUGAAGAUCAACAUCAUAUCGGAUGGGGGGCAUGCCACCUCGCAGACACGCAAACAGCCGGCGAGCAGUGGCAGCAACAACAGCAGUCGGAGCAAGUCCGGUCAGGUCAGACGCAAGUUGGCCAUAGAGUGUAUGUCCGUGUCCAACAACUCGGUGUCCAAUCUGACCGCCUCCACGUUCUGCAAUGGCAACAGCAGCGCCCUUUUGGACGACAGCAGCACCAGCAACUAUGGCGAUGGCGAGGAAAGCUCUGUGGUCAGCAGCAUGAUGCAUCCGCCCCAGCGUUGGCCCACUUUGACAGCAGGUGGAGGCGGAGGUGGAACAGGUGGACUGCGUCACAAGGAUGUCUCGUUCAGCGAAUGCAGCAGCACCUUCUCGUCCAGCACAUUGGAUCGCGACCUAGAGAUAAUCGAUCUGCUCGAGCGUGAGCGCAGCAUGGACAUCCAGGAGAUGAUGCAACGCGAGCAGCAGGGCGAGAAGGUGCGUCUGUCCAUUAGCGGCGUUGGACGCCAACUGCCGGAUAUCGAGAAGCUCUACGCUCAGCGCUCGCCAAAGCCCAAGCGAGACUCCGGCUACGGAUAUGACAAGGCAGCGUUGGCUCUGGUCAUGCCUGGCAGUGAUCCGCUGAGCAUCUCGCUCUCGAGCAGCAGUCAGCCCACAGAGUAUAGCAUGUGCUCCACGUUGCAGGAUCAGCAUCAGCAACAGCAUCAGCACCAACAACAACAUCAGCAGCAUUUGGAUGUGGAGGAAGAGGAGGUGCCGCAGGACUUUUACGAUAGCUACACGCCAGGUGGCAGCAACAACUUGCCGCCAGCGGUGCAAUCCUCCAUGGUGCAAUCCGCAACAAGCGCUCCGCCCCCGCCCGCCUAUCAGUAUCAGUAUACGCGCCGCUUGAGCCGCAAGACCUCCACGACAGGAUCCCAUCAUGUGGGCGGCGGGACAUCGCGCGGUUCCAAGCGGGACAGCUUCAAUUCGCUUAACGGCACCGAUCUGAUUGCCGGCGCUUUUUGUGAGCUCGAUCCGACUCAGCCGCUUAACAAAAUGGCCGGACUCGAAGGACGUAUGCGACGCAGCAGUCCAAGGAAUGCCAGCUUCAGUUCCAGCUCAGCACGUAGCUCGCUUAAGUCACGGGAUUAUGGGCACGGAUCGCAACAUUCGGCUCAUCCCGAGCUGGACUUUAGGGAGAAUAUAUUUGCCGAGCUAUAAGCGUUUC